AUGCUUGCGUGGGGAACGUGCUGCCGCUAUCCAAAAUUUCUACCCUUCCUUCCUCCCCAUCACCCCUGCUGCGUUGUGCUAAAACAAAGGUGUGUAGCUCUCGGUUCGGCCAUCCUCUUUGCCUACCCUCAACUGGCGACUAUUUCCGGCGUCCAAGGUGUUAUUGUCUACGCUCUAAGCUCUGCGCUGCCUCUGUUUGCCUUUGCGUGGCUCGGCCCGAUCAUCAGGAAGAAGUGCCCGCAGGGGUUCGUCUUGACGGAGUGGACGAGGCAGCGGUACGGAGAUGCGGCGGCGUUGUUCCUGAGUUUUAUGACGCUGGUAACGCUGUUCCUGUACAUGGUUUCGGAGUUGAGCGCUGUGGGACAGGUGGUGAAUAUGCUGGCGGGGAUUGAUGGGUUGCCGGUCUUGAUUGUGGAGUGCAUCAUCACCACCAUCUACACCUCGCUGGGCGGCUUCAAGAUCUCGUUCUUCACCGACAACAUCCAGGGAACCAUGGUCAUGGCCUUGGUUAUUAUUGCGACCAUCUCCAUCGGUGUCGAGACCAAGAUUGACACAAGCCUGAUUGAAGAGUCUGGGCUGCUCAAGGGCAAUCUCUUGGGGUGGCAGCUGGUGUAUAUCCUGCCUGUCGCUCUGUUGACCAAUAGCUUCUUCCUGUCCCACUUCUGGCUCCGCACCUUCGCCUCCAAAACCGACCGUGAUCUCUGGACGGGCAUCUCCCUUGCCGUCGUCGCUAUCCUCGUCAUCUUCGUGCUAGUCGGCUGCACUGGCCUGGUCGCCGUCUGGGCUGGCCUGGUCCCCGGCGAUGACCUCGAGAACCCAGUCGACGGUGGCAUUGCGUUUUUUGCGCUGCUACAGCAGCUUCCCAACUGGGUAGUGGGGAUCGUCAUUGUCAUGUCUGUCACGCUGAGCACUGCUGCCUUUGACUCUUUCCAGACUGCCAUGGUCACGUCGGCGAGCAACGAUUUGUUCAGGAACAGGCUGAAUAUUUGGUGGAUCAGGGCCGGUGUGGUGGUGAUCAUGGUGCCGGUCGUGGUUAUUGCCAUCAGGGCGCCGUCGAUUCUGCAGAUUUACCUCAUCACGGAUCUUGUCUCUGCGGCGACAAUCCCGGUCUUGUGCCUGGGCUUGUCGGAGAAGUUUUACUUCUGGAGAGGGUUCGAGGUGGUUGUUGGCGGACUGGGAGGCUUGUUCACUGUUUUCCUUUUCGGAUUGGUGUACUACCAGGACGCGCAGAAGGGUGCCGAACUGUUGCUGUUGCAGCAGGGUCUGUUUACCGGUGAUUGGGGAUGCUUUGGGGCUUUUGUUGCUGCCCCUGUUGGAGGUAUUCUGUGGGGCUUUGGGGCGCUGGGGCUGAGAUUGAGCAUCCAGUACUUCAGUGCGAAGAGAAAGGAGGUUAGGUUUGAUGCGUUGGACAAGCCGUUUGUGGUGGAUGGUGGCCAGCAGCAGCUUGUUGGCGAUACUCAGCAUGUUGAUAGUGGUGUGUUGAGGGAUGAGGCCAUUGCUGAUGAUUCUUCGGAUGCGCCAGGCAUUGCGAAGACGAAGGGCAAGUUCUUUUAAAGGGACUGACAACCAUUGUCUGUGUGGGUGCGAGUUGAGAACAGAGGCGAAGGUGGCGUGGUGAGCACAAAUGGGGACGAUGGGCACAUAAUGAGGAUGAUGAGCACAUAUGAGAAAGGGAGGGAGCUGAUCGGUAUUUGGAGUACGAUGGUUGUUACCCAACCUCGCCCGAGGUUGUCCUGCCUGGAGCUGGCAAGGUGCAAGGCAGGCAACAUGGCAUCAAUUGACCAUGAACAUUCGUUUGCUACAGCUGUUUUUCAA